GCACCACCAUCACAAAACCACAACCAUAUAUAGGCAACUCGUGGCCACAAAUCCAAGAUAUUUCUCAUCUUAUCAACUGCAACCCAGCGAGUUGCAGCCAAACCCUCAAUUUACCACCCCCACCCCCACUCUCACCAAUGGCCGGCAUUCCGUUCCCACCAGGGAUCACCAACAACGACAUCAAAGGCUUCGGCUCAAGUGCCCUAGCAGCACUAGACCCAACCACCAACCUCAUCAUAAAGUUUCCCUUCGUUACCACGGAAAGCACCAAAUGCGACCACGAAAGAGAAAUUUAUGAACGUUUAGAGCGUUCCUCCCAUCCACGCCCCCCAUCCAUCCUAAACUUCCACGGCACCACCCCCCACGGCAUCCUCCUCGAAUACGCGCCCCACCGCACCCUCCGCCACUACCUCCGCGACCUGGACACUCCAGCCCCCAUAUCCAUGAUCCUCCGCUGGGCGGACCAAGCAGCCGAAGGACUUCAAUUCCUGCACGAAAACGGGAUCUGUCAUGGUGAUGUUGAUUGUUCGAAGUUUUUUGUAACUGAGGAUCUGAAUGUGAAGGUUGGGGGGUUUACGCGGUCGACGGAAGCUACGUCCGACGGGCUGAAGAAGGAUAUAGUUGAUUUUGGAUCUGCGGUUUAUUAUAUGGUGACGGGGUAUAUGCCGUAUCAGGGUCUGGGUGGGGAGGAAAGAGAGGAGAUGUUUAGGAAGCACGAGUUUCCGGAUUUGAUGGAUGUGGAAUUGAAGGCGGUGAUUUUUCCGUGUUGGGCGGGGAGUUAUGAGGGGUUUGGGGGGGUGGUGGGGGAUGUUAGGGGGUAUGGCAGGUUUUUGGGGGUGGUUUAG